AUGGAAAAAGUAAUUAGUAUGAGAGAAAUAAUAACAAACACGCGCAAGAUAAAAUUACAUGAAAAUUUUUUAGAAGAUUGUAAUUUGAAAGACAUAUUUUACAACGGACUAGAAACUGUCAAUUGUGGAUAUAAUGAUUAUGUUGAUAUCAAAACAUGGCUUUUUGUCAUAUCUGAAAAAUUAUUUUCAGAUGAUUAUGAAGAAUUAGCCUAUGUGGCAUGUGAUGCGUUAAAAGUAUUAUUAUGCAAUAACAGAUUUUUAAAUGUAAUUAUAUUUAAAUUGUUAAAAAAGAAUCUAGAAAAAGAUAUACUAAAAAUAAUGGGUAUAUGUUGUUUAACAGUUGCCUCCAGAAUGCAACAGAUAAAUGAAACAACUUGUUUUAAAGAAAUAUUAGAAAUGUCAGAUCUAAAAGAUAAAAUAAAUGAAUUUAAUAUAAGACAGAUAGAAAUAGAUGUUUUCGUUUCCCUAGCUCAUUCUGGAUUUUGUUUUGAAAAAAUAGUUACACCAGUUAAUGAACUUUACCAAAUUAUGAAUUUCCUAAAGAGUUACCAACAUUUUUUUAAAAACGAUGACUUUCAUUUAUUCAGAUGUUCAAGUAAUUUAAUGCUACGAAUUAUUUACUGUAUGGUUCCAGUAUUUAAUAUGAAUAUUUAUAACUACUCAAUUGUUAAUUAUAUCUUACGAUUAUUUAUAAAUGAUAAUGAAAAAUAUAAAUAUAUAUUUGAAAAACUAAAGGAAAAUUAUAACGAUAAGGAAAUUAUUGAUAUAUCCAAUUUUCAAAAUCACAUGAUCAAUAUUAUUAACGCCUUUAAGAAUACCUCCAUUUUUUCAGCCAAGGAUUCUAUACUGAGAAAACAGAAUGAUAUUGAGCUGUUCGAAAACAUAAAUAGGAAAAUAGAAAAUCAGUGGAAUCAUUAUAGAGAUGGAGAAAAAACUUAA